UCAUGGCAGGUAAGCAGGUUUGAAAAGCAUGGAAAGCAGCCCGCCCUACUCCAAUGGGAAGAAAGAAGAACCCUACAGUUCUCACCUUCUCUUCUCCAUUUCCUCCUCCUCCUCUCCAGCCUCGUCUCGCGAAUUUUAGGUUUCGGGUUUAAGGUUUUGGGCUAGCGAUAUGGAGAACGAUGCUGCGCUGCGCGUCUGCCUUCUGGCGCUGGCGGCGUUAAUGGCGGUGGUCGGUCUCUGCACUUUCUCGUUCAAGAAGGUGAUGGUGACCUACGUUUACGGGAUUCUUGGUAUUGCUGGUUUGCUGCUGCCGGAUUGGGAGUUCUUCGACCGGGAUUUCUCACAGUGGUUCACCCCCAUGACGGUGCCUCCAGGGUCGGCUGGUAAUCAGACCGCUAGGGUUAGAAGGUUCAAGUUUUACCCUCUAAGGGUUACAAUGCUUGCUACAAUUUAUUGCUUUGGUCUGUACAAGUGGUGGAUGUUCGUAUCGACCUAAUUGCUCUUUCAGGUUCAAGUUUAUAUAUAUAUAUUUAUCAUCAUACUUUAUCUGAUGAUAUUACUUUGUUUCAUAGUAAGAUUUGUAAAACAAUCAAGGUUUCGUUUGGGAUGAUUUUCUUAUUGCUUCUUAGCGUAUCUUUUUAGUAUAAAAACAAAUUUUUUAACUAAAAAACUGUUUUAUAAAGCAGUAAGAAAGCUAUCCCAAACAAACCUAAGUAACUUUAUUAUUCCAUCUGUGGUUUUGUUCAUGGCUAUUUGACACUAGAAUGACAUUAAUAGUUGACUUUGCUAAUUAAUGUGGCAUGUCACCUUCAAAUA